UGCUUUGUUCCAGUUAGAGAGCUAAUGCUGUAACAAACAUCAGAGGUCAAAGAUCAGCUUAAACUUUUCACAGAAACACAUUCUAGGGGACAAUCACAACCUUCAUCAGUUAUAGAAGAGACUGAAACAUUAUGGCACACUUAUGAACAGUGUUUAACAGGUGUAUAUGUGUGUUUAACAGGUGUAUAUGUGUGUUUAACAGGUGUAUAUGUGUGUUUAACAGGUGUAUAUGUGUGUUUAACAGGUGUUUAACAGGUGUAUAUGUGUGUUUAACAGGUGUUUAACAGGUGUAUAUGUGUGUUUAACAGGUGUAUAUGUGUGUUUAACAGGUGUUUAACAGGUGUAUAUGUGUGUUUAACAGGUGUAUAUGUGUGUUUAACAGGUGUUUAACAGGUGUAUAUGUGUGUUUAACAGGUGUUUAACAGGUGUAUAUGUGUGUUUAACAGGUGUUUAACAGGUGUAUAUGUGUGUUUAACAGGUGUAUAUGUGUGUUUAACAGGUGUUUAACAGGUGUAUAUGUGUGUUUAACAGGUGUAUAUGUGUGUUUAACAGGUGUUUAACAGGUGUAUAUGUGUGUUUAACAGGUGUUUAACAGGUGUAUAUGUGUGUUUAACAGGUGUUUAACAGGUGUUUAACAGGUGUAUAUGUGUGUUUAACAGGUGUAUAUGUGUGUUUAACAGGUGUUUAACAGGUGUAUAUGUGUGUUUAACAGGUGUAUAUGUGUGUUUAACAGGUGUUUAACAGGUGUAUAUGUGUGUUUAACAGGUGUUUAACAGGUGUAUAUGUGUGUUUAACAGGUGUUUAACAGGUGUAUAUGUGUGUUUAACAGGUGUAUAUGUGUGUUUAACAGGUGUUUAACAGGUGUAUAUGUGUGUUUAACAGGUGUAUAUGUGUGUUUAACAGGUGUUUAACAGGUGUAUAUGUGUGUUUAACAGGUGUAUAUGUGUGUUUUCCUGCAGGAGUCAGUUUGUAAACUCGAGUCGUUAUGGGUCGGAAGGAGAUUCACUGCAGCUGGAAGAAAAUCACCAGCAACAUUAAAGAGAUCUUUGAUUUCAAAGAAAUUCUGGGAUCGGGUUCAUUUUCAGAGGUCUACCUGGUAAGAGAGAGAAAGACUGGGAAUUUCUAUGCCUUGAAAUGUGUGAAGAAAAAACAGCUGCGUCACUCAAACCUGGAGAAUGAGAUCAAAGUGUUGAGGAGGAUAAAACAUAGUAAUGUGGUGGGGCUGGAGGAUUUCUAUGAAACAAGAACACACUAUUACCUGGUCAUGGAACUGGUGUCGGGUGGAGAGCUGUUUGACCGUAUUCUGGAUCGAGGUUCUUAUACAGAGAAAGAUGCCAGUUGUGUGAUCAAACAGGUCCUGGGGGCUGUUUCCUAUCUGCAUCAGAACAACAUCGUCCACAGAGACCUGAAGCCUGAGAACCUGUUGUACUACAGUCCAGACAAGAACGCCAAGAUCAUGAUCAGUGACUUCGGCCUUUCUAAGAUCUCUGAUCACGACGUGAUGUCCACAGCCUGUGGAACGCCGGGAUAUGUCGCUCCUGAAGUUCUGGCACAGAAACCGUACAGUAAAGCUGUCGACUGCUGGUCCAUCGGUGUCAUUACAUACAUCCUGUUGUGCGGCUACCCGCCAUUUUAUGAAGAGAACGAAAAGCGUCUUUUCUCCAAAAUAAUGAAGGCAGAAUACGUGUUUCACUCGCCGUACUGGGACAACAUCUCCGAAUCUGCGAAAGACUUUAUCAAACACAUGCUGGAGAAAAACCCGAGGAAACGUUUCAGCACAGAACAAGCGCUCGUUCACCCCUGGAUCAUUGGAGACACGGCGCAGAAUGACAACAUUUAUCAGUCUGUGUGUGAACAGAUGCAGAAGAACUUCGCCAGAUCCAAAUGGAGGAAAGCCAUUAACGUGUCGGUAGCGGUGAGUCAUAUGCGACGGCUUCAGCUCGCUCACACUGACCCAGCGGUUACCGCAGCGGCGCCGCUCAUCGCGGUUCUGGACGUGUCGUCGCCCAGACAGCCCUCCGAUGAGCUCGACACCAAUGGGAACCCAUCGUGCAGUCACAUGGGCUUGAUGCCUCACAGUGAUGUCAGCAGGGGGCGUGGCCCACUUAAGGCCUGUAACAGCGAGCCGAUGCACGCGCUGGUCGUCACGGAGAUGGGACAACAUGCGUAUCACUCUGAGUCCGAGCUGCCCUGCGCCACUCACGGAUCAGAGAGAACAACACUUGGUACAGAUGUGAAUGGCUGGUCGCUGCAGACCGGAGUCUGCUCUGUGAUGUAAUCUGCUGACUUGAUUGACAGCUGUCAGUCAAAUUAAAUUCUCCUGCUGUUGAUUAAUGAACAUGCGGCACUGACCGCUCGUUUCUCUGGGGUCCCACAAACCGAUGGAAACACGACCUGAAUCCAGAGUUACACGAGUGCCACACACACACACACACACACACACACACACACACACA